UCCGUGCUAGUAUAUAAACUUGGUGUGCUCCAUCGAGUCAUUGAUUGCAUAUCAGUUUGGCCGAGAAGAAGAAGAAGAAAAAGAGCAGAUAUGUGCUGUUGCCAUGGUGAUGAUUGUCGGUGCCGCCCUUUGGGGUUUCUGCUCGGCCUUCCCUUCGCCUUUGUCUCUCUUCUCCUCUCCAUAAUCGGGGUUGUCAUCUGGAUUGUCGGGAUUACGCUGAGCUUCUUGUGUCCCUGUUGCUUGUGUGUGACUGUGUUGGUAGAGUUCGGGUUGGCCUUAAUUAAGGCUCCAUUUUCAAUCAUGAAGUGGUUCACCAAGCAGAUUCCCUGUUAGAUUAUAUAAUCUUUAUCAAAAAUUUCAGAAGUCGGAAUUAUUGUAUUAUCCUGUUAAAUUCUUAUGGAUUAUUUCUAGUUUUCCCAUAUUCUUUUCGGUGCCCUUUUUUUUUUUUUCCAAUUUAUUUGUGAACCUCUUAAUUUUGUAUAGUUAGUUCUAAUUUCAUUUCAUAGUUACCAAUUAUUGUAAUUUCAUCUCAUAAUUAUACGAUUUCGUUUCUGUGAAAUAGUUUUUGGAACAAAGUGAAAAAGAGUAGGCAUUGGU